UUGGGCUUCAUUGGAGAUCCAAGUAAGGGGAAAAAGAAGCGGCGAUGCAAUUAUUGCGACCAGAUGGUGUCUGGCACUGCAACCAGAGCCCGACGACAUUUUGUUGUGGCGUCACGGUGCAAAAUCGAGCGGCUGAGAGGGGUUGUGUCGAAGGAGGACUACCGGCGGAGGGAGAGGGGGAAGAAGGCCGCAUUGGAAGAGGUUGGGGCCCUUGGGGGUGCAGCCGCAGCGGGAAUGGAGAGCUCUGAGGAGGACGAGAACACGCCUGGUGAGGUGAUGGGAAACAAGACCACGGAAGUUGCUGCGUCCGGUUCGGGGGUGCAAGCGCGGCAGUCAACCAUUGUCGACUGUGGGGCGGUUUUGACAAAACAUGAGGAGACUCAGCGGAAGAUCGACGAUUGGAUGACGGCGCACUGCAUCCUAUUCCACAUGAUGAGGAGUGAGGAAUGGGAGACGAUGGUGGAAGCGCUGAAGAAUGCACACCCGUCCUUCCAAUAUGCAAGGUUUGAGAAGGCACUAACGACACGGGUCGAAAGCAAGAGGGCGCAGGUUGCAGCGAGGAUGGAGGAAUUGAGGAGGCAGUGGCCCAUCACCGGUUGCAUGUUGCAACUGGACGGAUGGACCGACCGGCGGGCCAGGCCACACAUCAACGUGAUGGUGUCUUUCCCCAGGGGCGCCGUGUUUUGGAAGAGUGUCUGCAUGAGCAACUGCGACAAGGGUGCUGCUGCAUAUCACUCCAUCUUGAGGAGUGCGAUAGAGGAGAUAGGGGAGGAUGCUGUAGUUGGUGUCAUAAUGGACAACGCUGCAGUUUGUGCGGCCGCAGGUCGCAUGAUUCCGUGGGUAGAACAUGCUGUGCAGCGGGCGUUGGACCUCGCGAAAUUUCUCGUGAACCACGGACGGGUACAUGACUUGUUGCACGAUGAAUCGAAUGGCAAAGUUGUGGCAAGACCAGGUGCAACCCGUUUUGCCACAAACUUCAUCACGGUUGACAGCCUGCAGCCGCUGUACCUGCCUCUCAAGUCGUGUGUGACGAAGCCAGCGUGGAAAAGUGGGAUCGAGCUACCGGGUCAACGCCACUUGUUGAAGGCGGCGACGGAUUCUAUCCUCGACGACAGUUUCUGGGCUGGCAUAGAAAAAGUGCAGGAGACGUCGAAAGAGUUGCUGGCCCUGUUGAAGUUGGUGGACAGACCUGGUCCAACAAUCAGCAAGGUGUACGGGCGACUCGACGUUGCGGUAGAGAAGUUAAGGGCGAGUGAAUUCUUCACCGAUACCGAGAACGACGAGCUGGAGGAGAUUGUCAUGCGCCGCUGGAACACAAUGAAUUCCCCGCUGCAUUGUGCGGCGAUGUUUUUGGAUUCGGAAUACAAGACGACACAGCCGGAGAAGGACGCGGAGGUCUUAGAUGGACUUUGGUCAUGGGUGUAUUCGUGGUGCAAGCCGUCAAUGUACGUGGAGGUGGACGCGGAAGUGAACUGCUGGAUUGAGGGCACAGGCAGGUUCAACUGUGAAGAGGCCAGGACAGCAGCACGAAGUUCACAACCCACAAGAUGGUGGAAGAAAUGGUGCAGCGACAUGCCGCACCUCCAGAAGCAGGCAGUUCGCCUGCUUGGUCAAAGCUCCUCCUCCUCUGCCUGCGAAAGAAAUUGGGGCCUUUUUGAGCGGAUCCACUCCAAGGCCAGAAAUGGGCUGUCGGUGAAGAAGUUGAGCACACUAGAUCGCGUACUCACGGAGGAGGAGCUUGCAGCAGAUGCAAAAGAGCGGGUGGACAAGUGGCUAAACCGGCUGCGUGCAGCAAACGAAGCGGCUGAAGCGAACGAUGACGAAGAUGACAACAACGAUGAGGACAAUGAUGAACCGGUCGUCGAAAAUGCUUUUGCCGUCGAUUAUGACCCGCAAGAAGCACCGGUCGAUCUCCUUCGGCACGAAGCAGAGCUCAACAAUGCAUGGAGGAAGACGACGCGGCCUUCCAAGUACCUCGCCAGGCAGCAUCUCCGAAAGAUGCAGCAGACGGUGAAGACCAUGACGGCUGAGCACGCUGAGCAAUAUAGAGCUGCUCGUGCAAAGGCGAUCGAACCUGCCACAAAAACGGCUAAGCGAGGGAGGGAGAGAGCGCGGAAAGCCCCAGUGCAGCAAGUUGAUGAUGCAGCAGCCCAGAGGGCAACAAAUGGAGAACUGGAGGAGGGUGGUGGCAGCGGCUCCAAUGCAGAAGCCACUGCACCAAAACGGGCGAAACGUGGGCAAGGUAGACCACGCAAGUCCCUUAAAGACAUGGAGGAGGAGGAGGCAGCAGCGCAAAUGGCAAGCGGCAGAAGGGAUGGUGGCAGUGGCACACGUGAUGCGAGUGAAGAGGAUGGCAGUGAUAGCCCUGCGGACAGGGAGUGUGGCAUACUGCGCCAGAAUAAAGGAAGAACGCCCCCCACAAAAGAGCAUGCAUUCAGCAUAGCGUCCGUGGCCACAAAAUGGACAUAUAGUGUCCGGAUGAGGAGGGUGCCUGCAGUCAGGAACGGAGGGACAAUCCUGUACACACAUGGAUGCAGAAACCAUCUCGUGGUAGUGAUUGUGACAAAGAUGAUGGCGAGUACACCCAAGUGCAACAGUGUCUGUGGCUGUGCAAAGGAGAAGGUCACACAGUGUCUGUACAUUGUACUGCUGCACUACGGUGCCAGAGGAAUGAUCUUCGACAUAAAGGAGGUUGCGGACAGUUUGAUGUGGCAAGAGAACAGCAUCAUAGAGUAAGAAAUCAGUAAUAUCAAUCAUGGCAUGGACCAUGACACCGUCGUUCCACACCUCCCAAUGGUCAGAGGCGUGUACAAUAGCCAUGUAAUGGC